AUGUUUGGAGCGGCUCCAGCAGAGCCGACUGGCUGCGACAUAAACCUCACAGACCGCCUUCGCCCCGUGCUGCCCAAGGACGUAGCCUUUGUCAUCCACCACCUCUCAACACCCCCUCGAAAGACGGAUGCCAUCUACUCGGCACCGCCUGACCGACGACCCGAUCGAACCUACCGCGAGAAUCACUUUCUCACUGUAUCAAUCAACAUCCCACAAAGCGAGCCAGAGCCCGAGAGGCAGGUUAUCGUGCUUGGCAUUGAAAUCUUCAUCUACACCACUGCCCAUUCCACCACCUUGUUUGUCUCCAAGGCCGAUUCAACCGGGUAUUUGCCCCUGUUGAACCUCCCCCUCGGCACACCAAGUCCAAUCCGCGCAGUCUGCGCAACAUUCAUCCGACACCUCGUUGCUGCGCGGCGACGCCAAGGCAUCCCCCUCGUCGUCAGCCUGUUCGCCAGGUCGCAGGGCCAGUACCUCUUCCCGGGGAGCGUCGACCACGGCGCCAAGCACGUCCUCGACGACCGGGCGCUGGUCAAGUGGUGGUGCCGCGUGCUCGACCCCCUCAUCACGUCUCCGCCAGACAAUGGCAUGACCUGGAAGAAUGCAAAGGGCUACCUCGUGAUCCCGGGACUGGACUCGCACGAGACGCGAGCCUUUGUGCCCCGCACCGCCGCGGCCUCUUCAUCAUGGUCCCUCACACACCCGCUCCAGAGGAUCUCGCAUUAUACCCGAGAAUACGAUCGGGUCCCGCUGCGAUGCCUCAUCCCGCGCUUCCCGGACGAUCCCAAGUCCCGCUUCCGCGACGAACUAGACCAAGAGGCCGGCCAGUCCGGCCCCAUGCAGACCGCCGGCACCUGGAACACCGUCAAGACGCUGGACGUCUUUUGGGACAUGAUGGCCUUCAGACAGGAGUGCUCGAGCGGUAGGAUGACGGGCUUCAUAUGGGUCGUCUUUGACGACGAAACUCCCUCAGCGGCCGUCUGCGGCGGGGCUCCUUCGCCUGCAGCCUCUCACGAGCCGCCGCCCGUGACGAUCAAAUCUCUUCCCUCCGGGACGGACAAGCCUGAAAAACAGGCAAAAAGAAGGUCAAAACGGAAAAAGUUCAAGCUCAAAGGGCCCAUCAGGCCCCGCCAGCCGCGGGCCAAGACCGAACAGCGAAACUAUCUUCUCAUGACCCCGACCCUCAGCCCGUACUAUUACUGGCCCGUGCAAGGCCGCGGAUCCGGCAUCAUCAGUGAAACCAUGUACAAGCGCGUGGUGGAGUUGAUGCUGCACUUGGACUUUUCCAGCUUGGACAAGGCAGUGGCCAGCUCUCGGCGAUGGACGAAUGAGGGUGGCCUCGGAAGUGACUGGGGACAGACGGUCGUUGGCGCGCAGGAGCCGACGACGACUCCUGCCGCAGAGCAUGGUGAGGGCAAGAGUGAGGGCGAGGUGCAGAAUGUCACGUGUUUGGUGAAGAGGAAGAGGACAGAUACGAAUGGAAAGGGAACGGUAAACUUUCUUGGCGCAGGGCUCGUCAAGAGGAAGGCCAAGGAGGAAGCUGACGCCAGAGUUCACGUCUUGACGUCCAGGUUGGUCAGAAAGAAGCCCAAGGCCGGAGAGUGA